AUGUCACAGCGUCAACGGUCGCGUACCUCACAACCGCUGCCCAGUGGCACUGCGCAUAGCAAUUCCUCCUCCUCGACAUCUUCUACACGCGCAGACCGCGUGACACGAUCCAUAAAUAGACACCAAUCCUCCAACAAAUCCUCUACGCCUCAUUCGUUGUCUUCUGAAGACGGUGACGAGCCGCUGGCGCUUGCCCAGCACAGCGAGCCUCCACAAACUAGACGCCGAACACGAGCACAAGACGUCGUUGACGAUAAUACGAAACUAGAAGAUGAAACCGGCGAAGAUGCCGGUGAAGAAGACGAGAUCACUCGUUGUAUUUGUGGUAACCAGGACUAUCCUGGUCCACCAAUUGAUUUGACCAAGCCGAUCGAGGGCCAGCUUGGGGCCGCAGUUGGUGGUGACCCUUCGACUGAGGGAGACUGGUUUCUAGCCUGCGAUAAAUGUUCUGUCUGGCAGCACGCUGGCUGUGCGGGCAUGAUGGUUGAGGCCUCCGAAAAUCCUCCACAGUAUUUCUGUGAAUUAUGCAGACCUGAUCUUCACAGAGUCGCGCAAAAUUCAAGCGGACAACGCUACUCUCUAUACAUCACAGUGCAAAAAAGGGUCCUGCCCAAACCUCCAGUGCGCAAGAGUUCAGUGCCAAAGGAGGCAGAAGAUAAAGCAAGUCGUGAGCGGGCAGCGCGUGAAGCGCUACAAAAGAGACGGUCAACCAUGAACAGUCGGGCCGCCGAAGACGAAGAAGAAGUGCUUCGCAAAGUCAUGGAGGAGAGUAAAACGGACGUGGACACUGUUGGGGCAGAAGAAGGUGCCAGUCGCAAAGGCAAGAGGAGCCGCGAUGAGAGUGAAGAAAUACAGCCGGAGCUGAAACGAGCCCGGACCGGAUCACAUUCAAUCGCGUCUUCCCCUGUUCUAGACUCUGAUGACGAUACCCCUCUAGCAAAACAGAACGGAAAGAACAGGCCGCGUGGAGCGGCAGCUAAGAGUCAGAAAGAGAAGGAGUUAAGAGACAAGGAACGUGAGAAAGAGAAGGCUGAGGCAGCCAACAAACGAAGAGGUCGUCUAGAAAGACGGCAUGCAGACAAUCCGGAUCUUAUAGAAGAGACACCUGUCAAUGAGGAUACGCCCGUCCCAGGGGAUAUUCCGGAGCCCCAGCCUCUCGAGCAUGCGCCAGCGAGCGGGCAGACCGCCCCAGCAAAGAAACCACCCCGACCAGCCCCAAAACGGACUAACAGAACAGGGAGAAAUCAAUAUACUCGCGAUAAUCCCACGCCGAACGCUGCGGUAUCACCAUCACAUCUAGACCAAUCGCCAAAGUCUCCGCAGACACGCACAAAUGGUCAAGACACUGGGACUGGAAGCGAUGCUGUCAGUAGCAAGCAAAGACCUAAAAACUCCAGGCUAGAGAAGACAACCUGGCAUGAAAUCCGCAAGCCAGCCAGCGCGAUGCUACAAUACAUUCAACAGCGUCAAUUAGAGAUGGCAGACAAGGGCAAUUCGGUGGCAUCUACUACUCUUGGUCGGACAGCAACAACUCUGAAUGGCAAAAAGGAAACCAAAAACAUUGAUGGAGAGGAUACAGAUGUCGCGGCAGAGGACUCUUUGGCAAGGUUUAAGAAGCUGAGUCCGUUGGAAAUGAUGGACCACUUGUCACGAGAUCUUGAGUUGUGGCAGCAAGCUAUGAAAGACUAUUGA